UUGGUUUUAAUCCCUUGAGAUUAACAGAUUCGUUGAAUAAAACAAAAUGAAAAUAAUUUUAUUUGGAUUUCUCGUCGCAAUUCUUGCAGUGCAAAAGAAUAAAGCUGGUGUGCUAAUGCGUCCGGAUAUUCACGAAAUGAUGGAGAUGCAUAGUCCACUUUUCAAGCUCGGGGGCAUUCCUACGAGUUUCGAAAAUUUAAUACAGGAACCUUAUGAAGUUAUGGUCUUACCGGAAGAUGAAGCUGCAGCUCAUUUGCUCUUCGAAAUUAAAGAAGCUUCUAUUGAAGGCUCUACUGAGGAUUCUACUGAAGAUUCUAAUAAAACGGAAGAAGAAAAGCUUGAAAAAGUGGUCGAAAAGUUUGAGAAGCUGGAAGAAAUGUUUGUUGAAAAUGGAGAAAAGUUUGGUAAGCUCGAAGAAAAGGUAGAGGACUUACGUAAAACAGUUACGGCAAUACAAGAAAAACAAUUGCCGACAUUUGAGAAAAUUGGAUCAAAAUAUUACUACAUUGAUGACUCGGAAGGUGUCAACUGGUUCGAAGCAGCUCAUAAAUGUCGUGAGUUGGGUGGAAAUUUAGCUGGUCUUCAAAGUGAGGAUGAAUGGAAAGCAGUCAGUGAAAAAUUAACCAAGGGCCCCUACUGGUUGGACAUCAAUGAUCUUGGCAAUGAGGGUGUCUACAAAUUGCUCUCUUCUGGACAGGAGGCAGGUUAUUUGAACUGGCAUUUCAACGAACCUAAUGACAGAGAAGAUAACGAAAAUUGUGUUGAAUUGAUCAAAUACGGUUCAAAGUGGGCAAUGAAUGAUAAUAACUGUGCAAAGAAAUUUAAUUUUAUAUGUGAGAAGGAUAAUCUUGAGUAAUUUUUUGUAAUUCUUUAAAAAAAAUAUAUAUUAUA